CUCAACAGUCUCCAGUCUACCAACUGGUCUCUGUAAUAACUAUUUAAAUCAGUCUGUCCUGACUCAGCUCAACAGUCUCCAGUCUACCAACUGGUCUCUGUAAUAACUAUUUAUUAAAUCAGUCUGUCCUGACUCAGCUCAACAGUCUCCAGUCUACCAACUGGUCUCUGUAAUAACUAUUUAAAUCAGUCUGUUCUGACUCAGCUCAACAGUCUCCAGUCUACCAACUGGUCUCUGUAAUAACUAUUUAAAUCAGUCUGUCCUGACUCAGCUCAACAGUCUCCAGUCUACCAACUGGUCUCUGUAAUAACUAUUUAAAUCAGUCUGUCCUGACUCAGCUCAGCAGUCUCCAGUCUACCAACUGGUCUCUGUAAUAACUAUUUAAAUCAGUCUGUCCUGACUCAGCUCAACAGUCUCCAGUCUACCAACUGGUCUCUGUAACUUCAUCUUUGUCUCUGUGGUGUACAGUCUUCAGGUGAUGAUGGGGGUAUUGAAUCAUCUCUCUACUCUCCUCCUCCUCUCUCUCCUUCCUCCUGCUCUCUCUCAUGUAGUGGAGAACUUCAGUGUUGUUCCACAGUGCCAGACGUUCUUCCUGAAUGACACAACUCCAAAUCUCCCAGAUAUUUUGGUUGGUGGGAUAGUCAAGGACCAGAACCGCUACAAGCCGAUUUGCCAGAAGUACAACAACAUCUACAGGUUUGCAACUCUGUACGACACGACCAACAGGAUCCCUGUGUUCUCAGCCUACACCUUCUCUGGUCGUGGGGGCAGGAGACAAAGUCAGUCCUGGAAGAUAGAGCCUCAGCUUGAAAUUAUAGAUGUAGAACACAUGACAACUCAACGUGGGGCGAGGGACUUCCAUCAAGCUGUGGACGCAGACUACAAUGCAAGAAAAAGUAGCAUUGUGCUGGACAGAGGUCACCUGUUCCCAUGUUCGUAUGUACCUGAUGAUGAUACCAUGGCUUCCACUUUCACCCUGACAAACGCCGUUCCCCAGGAACGUGGCUUCAACCGAGGCAGAUGGAAGACAAUGGAGUGCAGAGUUAGAACGGCUCUUGAGCUUAACUGUAAGGAUAACAACAACAAGAUAAAAGCCUAUGUGGUGACUGGAGCCGUGCCCAGCAGCAGCAGCAGCAGAAAACUGAACAACAGAGUGAACAUCCCAGAUCUCAUGUGGACAGCCUUCUGCUGUUACAACAACAACCUGAAUCAGUGGGUGGCCCAAGCACACUGGGGUGAGAACCAAAAGGAGGUCAAGGGGAAAACAUUGAAACCGGAAACCUUGGAAGCACUCGAAGGCAAGUUGAACCAAAUCUACAAUGUCGGAGUCAAGGUGUUUGACAAUAAAUGUCCAAGAAACGUUGUAUUAGAGGACGAGACAGGGGGGAACUUAGAGGCUGUAGAAGAGGUUGAGCCGGGGAAAAAGAGGGUCAGGGAAGGGAGUGGAGAGGGGAACGGAGAGCGGAACAAAAAGAAGGCGAGAACAUCAAGGGCGUUAAAGGAUUGUGAUGACGAGGAUGGAUGUGAUUGUGACUGUGAUGAAAAGUAAUGAGUUUUGUCCAGUGGUAAUUCCCACAACUAUUCAGUACACAUUCCCAAAGGUACAAUGGUUAUAAGGGUUUAAUGGUUAUAAGGGUUAAGUAAUAAGGGUUAUAAGGGUUAAGUUAUAAUGGCUAUAAGGGUUUAAUGGCUAUAAGGGUUUAAUGGCUAUUAGGGUUUAAUGGCUAUAAGGGUUUAAUGGCUAUAAGGGUUAUAAGGGUUUAAGGGUUAUAAGGGUUAAGUAAUAAGGGUUAUAAGGGUUUAAUGGUUAUAAGGGUUAAGUAAUAAGUGUUAAAAGGGUUUAGUAAUAAUGGUAAUCAUGGUUAUAAGAGUUAAGUAAUAAUGGUUAUAAGGGUUAAGUAAUAAUGGUUAUAAGGGUUAAGUUAUAAUGGUUAUAAGGGUUUAAUGGCUAUAAGGGUUUAAUGGCUAUAAGGGUUAUAAGGGUUAAGUUAUAAUGGUUACAAGGGUUUAAUGGCUAUAAGGGUUUAAUGGUUAUAAGGGUUUAAUGGUUAUAAGGGUUUAAUGGCUAUAAGGGUUUAAUGGCUAUAAGGGUUUAAGGGUUAUAAGGGUUAAGUUAUAAUGGUUAUAAGGGUUAAGUUAUAAUGGUUAUAAGGGUUUAAUGGCUAUAAGGGUUUAAUGGCUAUAAGGGUUUAAUGGCUAUAAGGGUUAUAAGGGUUUAAUGGCUAUAAGGGUUAUAAGGGUUAAGUGUUAAUGGUUAUAAGGGUUAUAAGGGUUAAGUUUUAAUGGUUAAGUUAUAAGUGUUAUAAGCCAUGGUUCUAAUUAAACUAGUUUAAGGCUUGUGAAGGUUAAAGACACGCUACAUUACUUUGGCGACUAAGAAAGUCUAUUUUUAAACCUCCCACUUUGGGCUGGAUGUGUCAAUAUGUCGUUCAUACAUGAGUCUAUGAGCAGAAUGACCAUUUCCCUACAAUUCACCCCCCCUUCCCUACCAAUUUGAGUCUGAGCCAAUGAGCAUCAGCCCCUCACAUUUGAGUGAAAACUAGUGUGGUGGCAGAAUUUGUGUUGAACUGUUGUAACUUCUCAAGGGACAUGUUCUGUGUUGGACUGUGAUGUCAUGUCUUUCAUAGAGUCCUGGUGUGUCUGGACCUUAAACACACCUUAAACACAAGGCCAUUGUGUUCUAGAACUGUUGCUGGUAUAAAUAACUGUUGUGUAAUAAUCUGAUGAUAUUAUCACCUCCCACUAUAUAAGGGACAUGGAACCAUUUACUCAGGAGGUUCUUCCCUGUGAAAUCAGAAUCAUGUCCCCUGCAGCUGCUUGAUUAAACAUGUUUCUAUACAAUUAAAAA